AUUGUUUUCAAAGAAACUGAAAAUAGCGAAGAUGUCUAUUCAACAUCCAUUUCAAAUGGUGACUUGUAUAUAUCUUUGGCUCUAGAUGUCUUAUUAGGAUUUCUAGUUAUAUACUUUGUCUAUUAUGAUCAAAACUAUACGUCCAUAUCAUCAUGGCUUAUUGGUCAGAAGUAUUACAUUGCAGAACAAUUGUCAGAUCUUCUCCGAUGGCUCAUGGGUGCACCAGCUGGUCUCAAGCUUAAUAUUCCCCUAAAUCGUUUUCUUGGCAAUUUCUAUAUUUAUCAUGUACAUUUAUGGACGGACUAUCUCUAUUUCAUUGAGAUUUACUUGCCUACAAUCAUUCUUUAUUGUACAUUUGCUGGAUGCCUUGGUGUCACAUUCCUGAUUGCUCUGUUGUGUGACGUUUUGUCUCUUUUGACCGCACAUAUAUAUUGUUUUUAUAUUUAUGCUUCACGACUAUACCAGUUGGAAAUUAAUGUUCUGUUAUCAUUACUAAGACUUUUUACAGGAAAGAAAUGGAACACUCUCCGCAAUCGUGUAGAUUCUAUUGAAUAUGAUGUUGACAGGCUGUUUAUUGGAACCCUAUUGUUCACGAUAUCUUUAUUCCUCUUUCCUACAGUAUGCCUUUAUUACACUGUGUUCACUGCCUUGCAGCUUUUGGUUCUUCUUGCUCAGUCAAUUUUAUGUUGCAUUGUUUCUAUAUUGCACACAUUUCCCUAUUGUGCGAUAAUUUUAAAGGCAGUUAACUCAGAAAAACUAACAGGUCAAGUUGUUGUGAAGACCAAGAUCUUAAACACUGAUUGCAAUUUUGUCAAUCAGUUUGCUGUUGCCAACCCUCAACUCAAACUUCCAGACUCUUGUUUGUACUUAUUAUUUCAACACAAGUGUUUGCCACUUUCCAAAAUAACAAAGAACUGCUGGCAGUCAGUUUGGCAAUUUGGAUACAGAGACAUAUUUGGUCAGGGAAUAGUUGAAAUACUUUUUACUGGAAAAAUGAUAAAUAACAAACGUUCUAAUGAAACGGAAUAAAGUAGAUAUCAAAGAGA